UGAACGGGGAGCGAGUGGAGGGCUGCGAUUGGACCAGCCCUUAGCAUGCUGCCACUGGGAUGAUUCCACGGGCGUGACGAAAGCGCCCGGUGCGUAAAACCUCCCGCUGCUGGAGACGAGGUGGCCGCGACACGCUGCUUGGAUGCAAACAUUCCUCCGUGAGCUCCACACACUGGAAAGCAGCUUUUUAGUGAGCGCACUUGCCUGGGCUCAGGAGACAACCCCCGCCGCAUCUGUGGCGACCUUUGGACGCCAAUAUAAGACGCUUCCAGUUCUUCUUUAACUUCCCAGGGUAGACCAUGACACCCAACCGACUAAGUCGCGCCUCUGUUUCCUCCGCAAAUAGCUAAACCACCGAAGCGGCCCAAACUUUAUUCCUUCAAAACAUGUCCUCCCCGCAUCUCGGCUCCGCAGAGCCCAACAGGAGUCACCUGGAGACCACCUCCGGGGAGACGGAGCGCCCGGAGGUGCGUGCGGUGCUGCUCGCCUUGUGCGUAACCAUCGCCCUGGCCACGCUGGUCGGAGGCGUGUACUCGCUCUUUGCCCUCUUCCGAAUGCGGAGGAAGACGUCCCUGUGUCUCAUCGUGGCGUCGAUGUCCGUGGACGACCUGGUCAGCGUGGUGCCCCUCUCCCUCUUCACGUUGCUGCACUGGGUGCGGGACGGGGAGAGGGAGGAUAGCUCGCCCGGGACGCUGUGCAUUCUAUCGGGGGUGCUGUACGUUUUCCAGGGGGUCUCCAGCAACAUGAAAGCGUGUCUCAUCGCAGCCUACACCUUCUACAUUACCAAGAGGUUCGGAGUGCUAAAGUCCGUCCAUCGCCCGCUGACGGUGGUCUGGGCCAUCGCGGCGGUGUGGCUCGUCAGCCUGGUGGUGAGCCUGCUGCCGCUGUGCGGAUGGGGGAGUUUCGCACCGGCGACCCUCGGCUGCUUCCCCGACAGACGCAGCUCCUACAGCUUGCUGCUUUUCUCCCUGUACUCAGCGUGUUUCAGCGCCCUGCUGUUUUUCUUCGGGCCCCUCACUUACCAGCUGCUUUGCUCCCGGGAGCCCCAGCGCACCCUGUUCUACCCGAGCUACUUCGAGUUGUCCCGCGGGUUGGAUAGUGGCUCCGCGCCCCUCUGCGAGUUCCCCUCCUUCUCCCGGGAUAGCCUCAAUACGAGUUUUAACGCAUACAGCGAGCUGAGCCCGGUGUCGUUUGUCACGGGACCGGGGCUUCGGGAAGACACGGGGACCUGUAGACCUCCGGGGUCCUCCUCUGAGGGGCCACGGGACCCCAGCGCCGGGGACAGCCCGGUGUGGUUUGCGCAGAAGCGCUUCUCCAUGAUUCUGGCGGUUGUUCGGGUUAUUCUUUGGAUGCCGAUCAUGACCCUGGUGCUGCUGCGACACAUCACGGACGCGCGCCUGCCUCCCCUUGAGGCCCUGGGCUUCCUCCUCACCCUGCUGGCCCCGGCCGUCACCCCCCUGUUCGCCCUCUCCGAGCGCUGGAACCACCUGCCCUGUGGCUGCUUCAUCCACUGCCGACGGGACCCGACAGGGGAGCCGAAAGCUCUGAAGAGAAGAUUUGAGUUCUCGCUGUCCUUCCAGCAAGGCUACCGGGUGUACAAGCUCUCCCCGGCCGCCCACUCCCCGGCGCUGACGGCCUCCACGCAGAACAAGCCCUCCUCCUCCUACCACCACCUCUUCCAUGGCGACCUCCACCCGGAGGUCCGCCUCAACGCGCUCGACUCCGGCGGCCUGCCUCCUGACACGCGGCCCGAACACGGGGCGCUGGACUUCAGUGCCGCGCCGCCCGUGGACAGCUCCUCACGCACCGACCUGCGGAUGGAAACCUCCGUCGCGGGUGGAGGGGGGGAUGAAGACGGUGGUGGCGGCGGUGGUGGUGGUGGUGAUGGUUUACACCACCACUCCAACCACCACCGGGAGAAGGAGCAAGGGCUCACCAACGCACCACCCGUGUUUGAGGUGCCGGAGAGGAGGCUCUCCCACGAGGAGGGCCGCAAGAUCGAGCUCAGCGACUGGGAGUGGUGCAGGAGUAAAUCAGAGAGGACGCCCAGACAGAGGUCAACAGGUGGGCUUUCAGUGCCCCUGUGUGCCUUCCAAGGAACUGUGUCCCUGCAGGCCCCCACAGGAAAGACGCUCUCUCUGUCUACCUAUGAAGUCAGCAGCGAUGGACUCAAAAUCAGCCCCACCAACGCCAAGAAGGUGGAGGUGUACCGCUCCAAAUCCGUGGGCCAUGAGCCCAGCGCCGACGACCCCACCGGGGGGGGCCAGGCCGGGGACACGGGCCCCGGGGGAGGCCGGACCAGCUUGGACCUGGGGAUGGGGCUCGGCCUGGGGCUGGGUAUGACGGUGGGCAUGGGCUCCGGGGUGGGGGACACCAACGUGAAGAUCCACCUGGAGGUCCUGGAGAUCUGCGACAACGAGGAGGCCAUGGACAGCGUCUCCAUCGUCUCCAACAUCAGCCAGUCGUCCACCCAUGCCCGCUCCCCGUCACUGCGCUACUCCAGGCGGGAGAACCGCUUUGUGUCCUGCGACCUGGGCGAGACCGCCACGUACUCCCUGCUCAUACCGAGCGGCGGGAGCCCCGAGGCGGACGGCCUCAACAUCAGCAUCCCCGACACGGUGGAGGCCCACCGGCAGAACAGCCGCCGGCAGACCCAGGACAGCUCCGGCUACAAGGAGGAGAUCCAGCUGCUGAACGAGGCCUACUUGAAGCAGGGGCGUGACGAGGAGGAGUGACUCACUUUGUACCGGUCCACCGCCUGCCAGUGACCGCCACGAGAGGAACCAGCCCGUGAAAGGGAAAUCUGCCGCAGACUGUGAGGCUGUGGAGCUCCUUCAGCUAUUUUCUAGUACUUCCUGCUUAAUAGAGAGGUGGGAUAUCAGUAUUUGUUUCAGACGGACGUUUAUAAUAGUUAACGUCUAUCACCGUCUAGUUGAUAAUGGACAGUGAGGAACGUGAAGAAUGUAGUAUGCUAGUAUGCAAUAUCAGUAUUGUGUUAGUGAGAACGAGAGAGAGAGAGAGUCUGAGAGAGAGUGAGAGAGAGAGACAGAGACAAAGACAGAGCGAGACAGAGAGCCUGUAAGACUGCAAGCUGAAGAGAAACCAAACGUUCCUGUCUUAAACCUUCUUCGUAUGGCAGAGUCUUAUCAUAAUGCAGGUCCUGGAGGGAGAGGGAGAUGAUGAAUGAAUGAAGAGAGACACAGGGACUGGAGUUGAAGGGUUUGUUCCUCGGGACUACAUCAGUAAUGACUCAACAGACCUGUGUGUCUGACUCAUCCGGCGCUCAUCUCUCUAAGUGUUUUGUAUGCGUCUCUACGUUCCAGUUGCUCUCUUGGUCUAUGGAGACUUGGCUUUUAAUGUAUUCAAAGGGUGUAUGCGUGUGUGUGUUUCUGUGUGUGUGUGUGUUUGUGUUUGUAUAAUGCAUACACACAUUAUAUAACAUUACGUUCUUUGUAUAUGCUUCUGAUUAUUGAUGUUUAUUGUUACGAAAAGGGAGUAAAUAAAAAGAAAGCAAGAAAGCAAGAAAGCAAGAAAGCAAGAAAGCAAGAAAGAAAGAAAGAAAGAAAGAAAGAAAGAAAGAAAGAAAGAAAGAAAGAAGACCAUGUUGAUGAAGAGAUCUAGCUGUGGGGGAUAUAGUUACGCAGAGCUGUUUCUCUUCCUCCUCCGUGCACAUUAAGUGCAAUGGGAAUGAGGGACAGCGUGCAUUUUUUAUUGUUGCAGCGGGCAGCCAAUGAAUGUGUGUUAAAUCCUCCUAUCUGCCAGCUUGGUUCGCUCUCUCUCCUAUCCUAGCAUUACCUGGAGAGAAUCACCAUCUCAGUUCCAUCUGUAUGCAGUAAUGCAGGAGGGUUAAAUAUUAAUGGACACAUUGGGAAUCUCAGCACAUCUGUGAGUAGAGGUGACGUGUGCAAUCUUUUGUUAAGAUUCUAGCGAUAUCCUUUUUCCGAAGUAUCCAUGGUGCCACUCGAUAAGUAUGUGUAUGUUUGCCAUUGAAUAAAACAACAUAUGUUGUAUGAUUCACACAAAUUAUUU